AUGGUGCUCUCCGUGGAGAAGACCUCGUCGGGCCGGGAGUACAAGGUCAAGGACCUGUCUCAGGCGGACUUCGGCCGCCUCGAGAUCGAGCUGGCGGAGGUCGAGAUGCCCGUGCUCAUGGCCUGCCGCACCGAGUUCGGCCCGUCCAAGCCCUUCGCCGGCGCCGGGCAACAGGAGCUGAGGCCGGAGGGCGGCCCUGCCGCGGACCAGCGGGACAACGCCCCCUCCCCUCCUUCGCCGUCGGCGUCGUACAAGAGCGGCCCAAGGAGGCUGCUGCUGUCUUUGGACGAGAACGCCGCCGGCCCUGACGGGGGCAACCGGAGGCGGGAGUUCCUCAUGAACGUUCCGUCGUCGGAGCGGGCCACCAAGGGGAGCAUCCGGCUGGGCCGGCGGCAACCGGAGGCGGGAGUUCCUCCUGAACGCUCUGUCGUCGGAGCAGGGGAACCGUGGUUCGUCACCGGCCGGUGGCAAGCCGGGGAAGGUGAAGCUGAAGAUUCGGAACGUGUUGCUGAUGUAUUUGACAAUGCCGCCUUGGCAUCACCACAGGAAAGCAAGGAGUUCAUCAGUUGCAGGCUUCCCUCGUUUGCUAAUGUCCACGAAACAAGCGUAGUUGCCAGUGGUUUCAAGAUUCAUAAGCAGGAGCAAAAUCCAAUGUGUAAUGUGCCUAUCCCUACUUUCACUGCGCGCAACCAGAUGACAGUCACCACAACACAAGGAGCACAGAUUCCUCAAAAGAUGCCUUCAUGGGUCAAUGAAAAUAAAAGUGAGUGUCCUGUUAGCCGUCCUCCUGAUGUGCAAAACCAAGCAAAUUCAGCUGCAAAUGGUGUCAGUGUGAAGCCACGAGUAAGGGCUCGUCGAGGACAGGCAACUGAUCCUCACAGUAUUGUUGAACGGCUUCGCAGGGAAAAAAUUUCGGACAGGAUGAAAAUGCAAGACCUUGUCCCUAAUUCCAAUAAGGCAGACAAGGCAUCCGUGCUGGAUGAAAUAAUUGAUUAUGUGAAAUUUCUUCAGCUUCAGCUCAAGGUCUUGAGCAUGAGUAGGCUUGGAGCUCCUGGAGCAGUUCUUCCCCUUCUCGCAGAAUCCCAAACUGAGGGUUGCCAUGGUCAACCUCUGUCAGCUGCAACCAAUGCACAAGGACUGCUGGACACACAAGACUCGGAAGAUGCCUUAGCCUUCGAGGAAGAGGUGGUCAAGCUGAUGGAAACAAGCAUCACGAGCGCAAUGCAGUACCUUCAGAACAAGGGCCUCUGCCUGAUGCCAGUUGCUCUCGCUCCCGCCAUAUCCACCCAGAAAGGUGCGUCCGGUGCUGCGACCCCUCGUGAACGGUGAAGUGAAGACACAUGCUCCUCCCAUCAGCAUGAGUAAACAACUGCAGGAGACAAAACUCAGCGGCUGAAGACGCGAGUAUACCCCAUGGAGUACAAAGAUAGGAAGUUAGUCUGACCAAAUUCCAAUUCAUGGCUUAAUCUACUAAUCUGCUUCUAAGAACCUGCUACACAUCAGUUGAUGUGUAAUUUUCCCCUUCUGCUUUUCUUCUUCUUUUUUUUGGCCGUAUUGCAUCAGGGACUCAGGGUGCACAGGGACAGGGGGAUAGUUGCUGUUUGGAAAGUUUGUAUCAGGAUCUAUCAAGUUUCUCUUUUGUGCAUACAAAAUGUGAAAUCUACCGGUUCAGUUUUUCUAUGUGA